AUGGUGGGAAGCUCAGGUUGUGGAAAGUCCACAUGCAUCCAGUUGAUUCAAAGGUUCUAUGAUACUUUGGAAGGACAGGUCUUGAUUGAUGGUGAGCCAGUGACAGACCUGAAUGUGGGAUGGCUAAGAGAACACAUUGGAGUAGUGAGUCAAGAGCCAGUGCUUUUUGCAACCAAUAUUGAAGAAAACAUCAGAAUGGGAAAUGAAAAGGCCACUUCAAUUCAAAUACAAGCAGCUGCAAAGCAAGCUAAUGCUCAUGACUUUGUUACCAAGCUGCCCAAUAAUUACAAAACCCUGGUUGGAGACAGAGGAGCUCAGUUGAGUGGAGGCCAGAAACAGAGGAUAGCCAUUGCAAGAGCCCUCAUCAAAGACCCAAAGAUCCUGUUGUUGGAUGAAGCAACGUCUGCAUUGGACACACAAAGUGAAUACAUUGUACAACAAGCACUUGACAAGGCUAUAACAUUUUUCAAAGCUUUCCCAGACUUGUUAAAACCUUUUGCACUUUCUGUUCAACAGGCCAGGGAAGGAAGGACCACCAUCAUUGUUGCUCACAGACUCACAACAAUCCGAAAUGCAGACAUAAUCUUUGUUCUCAACAAGGGUGUGGUUGCUGAAGCAGGCAGUCAUGCAGACCUCAUGGCCAAGAAUGGUCUUUACUUCCAAUUGGUGACAGCCCAGACUGUCACUGAAGAAGACAGUAGUUCAGACGAUGACUCCAGCCACGAGGAAAGUUCAGAGGAAGACAAAGACAUUGAGGCAGACAACAGAGGUUCUUCUAAAAGAAAACAUAGAACUAGGACUGACUCCUCUGGCGUUUAUGGAUCAAAGAAGCUGAAAAAGAUGUUGUCCCAAGAUGAACCAGUUCAAAUAGCAACUGUGGAGCAAAAGGAAGAUCUACCCAAGCCAUCUAUGAGUAGAAUCAUGAAACUGAAUGCCCCAGAGUGGAAAAUCAUUGUGGUGGGCAUCAUUGCAGCAGCUUUGAAUGGAGGAUCAAUGCCUGCAUAUGCCAUUCUUUUUGGAGAAGUUCUUGGGACUUUAUCCAUUGCUGAAGAAGAAGAAGCAAGAAGGGAAUCUUUGAAAUAUGUGUACCUCUUCCUUGGACUUGGUGGUGUUGCUGGUAUGGCCAUGUUUCUCCAGGUUUUCAUGUUUGGAGUGGCUGGUGAAAAGUUGACAAUGAGACUGAGAAGGAUACUUUUUGGCACUAUGCUAAAGCAAGAAAUUGGCUGGUUUGACAUGGAGGACAACUCAACUGGAGCCCUUUGUGCAAGACUGGGCACAGAUGCCUCCAGCAUCCAAGGGGCCACAGGGUCAAGAGUAGGAACAGUGACCCAAUCAGUCACUUCCCUCAUAACUGGCAUCUCCCUGGCCAUGUACUACAGCUGGAAGCUGGGUUUUGUCACCUUGGCUUUUGUGCCUCUCAUCAUUUUUGCUACAUACUUCCAGGCAAAGAUCAUUUUUGGGCAAGAUAUCAUAGAGAAGGAUCAAAUAGAGAAGAGCAGCAAGUCUGCAGUUGAGGCUAUUGGCAACAUUAGGACAGUGGCUGGACUGAGAAGAGAGAAAUACUUUCAUGACUUGUAUCUUGAUGCACUCAGAGGGCCUCACAAGAUGGCAGUGAGGAAGUCUCACAUCAGAGGAGCAGCAUUUGGCCUGGCCCAAGCUGUCCCAUUUUUUGCAUAUGCAGCAACCAUGUUUUAUGGAGGAAGGCUGAUUGAAGAAGAGGACCUUGAGUACUCCAGGGUGUUCAAGGUGUCACAAGCCCUCAUUCUCAGCACCAUGAUAGUUGGUCAAGCCCUUGCCUUUGCACCAAACUACAAUACAGCUCUGGUUUCUUCAGCAAGAGUGUUCAAGCUUUUGGACAGGACAACUGAGAUUGAUUCUUCUUCCUCUCUUGGAAAGAAACUUAAUGCCAUUGGAGGUGAGGUGAAGUUUGAUGCAGUGGAGUUCACUUACCCUUCAAGGCCCAAUGUGCAAAUCCUCAAGAGGCUCAUUUUGGACAUAAAACCUGGAUACACUGUUGCACUUGUUGGUAGUUCAGGAUGUGGCAAGUCCACGGUGAUUCAACUGCUGGAGAGGUUCUAUGAUCCUUCCUCUGGCUCUGUGAACUUGGAAGGAAACAACAUCAAGGACCUGAAUAUCUCCAACUUGAGAACAAAGCUAGGACUUGUCAGCCAAGAGCCUGUUCUGUUUGACAAGACCAUUGCAGAAAACAUUGCAUAUGGGGACAACUACAGGACAGUUCCCAUGGAAGAAAUCAUUGAGGCAGCCAAAAGUGCCAACAUUCACAACUUCAUCACAACCCUUCCCAAAGCAAGUUUGAUUGACUGA